AUGGCAUCCCGUGUGCUGUUGCCUGGUGAAUCGACCGAGAACUGUCGGAAGCGCACGUUCCAGCAAGCAGUUCAAGAAUGGAACCGCAUGUCCGCAGCCGAGCGUGCGCCCUACACUGGACGGGCGCAGGCACACAACCGCACUGCAGCCGCCACGGCAAGGCUGGCGCAGGCGCAGCAGGUAGCAACACCAGCGUGUUCGAGUGAUCCCGAGCAGCAACAACAGCGGCAGCAGCAUCAGCAGGUGGCAGAGGCAGGUUCGCCGGAUGCGGUGGUAUUGACGACCCCAUCAACGAACGCUCGAGGUGUGGAUUUCGUGGCACCAUACCAAGGAAUCGGUGCUAUGGGCGCAGGUGACAGGUCAUUUGCACUCAGCCGAAGCUUGGUUCGUCGCCUGCAACAGGAUGAAGCUGCUACACAAGGGACAGGAAAACAGUUCGUGACAAGACUGGACGGUGCAUGGCGUGCACGCAGCAGGGGACGUGUUGGAGAAGCCGAUGAGUUCAAACAGUCAACGGCAAUGUCGUGCCACGAAGAGUUCAAGUGUACAUUGUGCAGCAGUAAAAUCAAAAACGGUAUGCUGCAGGACAUGCUUUCCGAGCAGUUGCUCACCUUUGUGAGCGAGUACCGGCAGAGGUUCGUGGUCAGCAAGCGGAACACAGGUCCGAACUGCUCGGUGCAGCAUCCAUUGUUGGUGAUCAAGCACAAGACGUGGCUCGUCCCAAGAUUCCUUUUAAUUUUUAAUUUUAGUCAUGAAUCAUUGUCACGUGCCACGGGUCUCAAGCUUCAGAGUGCAGUUUCAGGCCACGGGUCUUGA